AUGGCGAGCACAGUGAUGACUACACUGCCUCAGUUCAAUGGUCUUCGAGCCACCAAGAUCUCUGCAGCUCCUGUUCAAGGCCUGGCAAGUGUUCAGCCAAUGAGACGCAAGGGAAAUGGAGCUUUGGGUGCGAAAUGUGACUUCAUUGGUUCAUCAACAAAUCUGAUAAUGGUAACGUCUACGACUCUGAUGUUGUUUGCGGGGAGAUUCGGACUGGCACCAUCAGCCAAUAGGAAAGCGACAGCUGGACUUAAGCUUGAGGCACGUGACUCGGGUCUACAAACGGGUGACCCGGCCGGGUUUACACUCGCCGACACGUUGGCUUGUGGCACCGUCGGUCAUAUCAUCGGCGUCGGAGUUGUGCUUGGGCUCAAGAACAUCGGUGCUAUUUGA